GCAGCAGUCCCAGCCAGGUCAAGUCUACUCGCAAGGAACAUGGCGCGCGGAGGAGCAGUCGGGCGCCCGAAGAAAAAUGGAGACCACACGCGCAAGCCUCGCAAGAAAAAAGACAAGAACGCUCCCAAGCGCGCUCUGUCGGCCUUUAUGUUUUUCAGCAAUGACAUCCGUGAUACCGUGAAGAAGGAGAUGCCCGACUUGCAGUUCCUCGAGAUAUCGAGUGAAAUUGGUCGCCGUUGGAAGCAGAUCUCCGAUGAGGAUCGUCGGCCGUACGAUGAGCUAGCCGCCGCUGACAAGCGGAGAUACCAGGAAGAGAAGGAGGACUACGUUCCUGACCCAUCUUUUGAGAGCACCAAGGGUUCCCGAAAGAAAAAAGACCCGAACGCCCCCAAGCGUGCGCUUUCUGCGUACUUUUUCUUCUGUAAUGAUAUCCGCCAAGAGGUGCGCGAUGAGAAUCCCAACAAGAAGAUCACGGAGAUUGCCACGCUAUUGGCCGAGAAGUGGCGCGCACUACCCGACAAGAAGCGUGCUAAGUACCAGAAGAUGAACGAGGAGGCGAAGGUUAAGUACCAGCAACAAAUGGACGUCUACAACGCCCAGGGCGCUGUGGAAGACCAUGACGAGGAAGAGGAGAACGAUGUCGACGACGAGGACGAGGACAGCGACGAAUAAGGUGCAACUUAGGAUAUAUUUCUCUAAUGUGUCCGUCAGGACUGGAGAUGGAGCAGAGUCAGCGAGCGGUGUCUAAGCUUUCUCUGGUAGUAGCUGCAGGCCACACAAACACGUAUUCUUUUUUUAUUCGUUCUA